AUGACCCCUCUGCCCAAACCCAACCCGACCAGCUCAACCCGUGUUACCGUAAGGCAGCUAUAUCUCUCAGGUCCCGUUGGCGCCCGCCGCUCCGAUAUCCCCCAAGCAGCGGCUGUACUCGCCCAAUGCGCCUCCCAGCCUUCUUCCUCGUGCGCGGGAAGGAGAAGUGGCGAACCUCUUCGGCCGACACCUUUCAGAAUCUGCUCAGCAAUACGCCAUGCAAGCCGCGACCGUUCACCGCCCCCGACUAUUGGCACCGACUCAGGCUCAAGUGCAAGCUGGUAG